AUGAUGCAGCAGCAGAUCCAGCAGGAGCUGGAGCAGCAGCAGCAGCAACUAGCAGCAGGGGAGGCGCCAGACCUUGUACAAAAGAUCAUGGCCUAUGAGUACGUGGUGACACUGCCAGAUGGAGCCAAGCUCGUCGUUUCGGCGCUGCGGCCGCAGUGGCUGGGUCCAUGUGCGGACCUGCUGACGAGCAGCUUCAUAGCAGCUGCCAACAUAGGCCCGUACGGCCGCUUCGUGCGCCGGAGGAUCGCGGCGUAUCUAGAGGAGCACGUGCAGCUGCCGCCAAAGGCGGUGGUAAUAACAGCCGUCCUCCAACCGCAGCCUGAAGGUACCAACCACCAGGGCACGCCUGCCGGUAGCGGCAGCAGCAGCAGCAGCAGCAGCAGCAGCAGCAGCAGCAGCAGCAGCAGCAGCAGCAGCAGCAGCAGCAGCAGCGCCCCGGCUGGCGGCGGGGCGGGGGCGGGGGCAGGCGCAGCAGCGGGCGGCGGCGGCGGCGCGACGGGGCGGGCGGCGCGCGCGGUGCUCAUCGGCACUGCCGAGGUGUCCUUCGACCCGUCCACGCGAUCGUCUUAUUUGACCCUCAACCCGCCCGUCAAAUGCGGCUACAUCUGCAACACAGCGGUGGUGCCCGAGUGGCGGCGGCGCGGCGUGGCGACGCACCUGAUGCGGGCGCUGGAGGACAUUGCUGAGCUCGCAGUGAGGGGCGCAAGCGCCUGCUGA